UUCUUCGAUAUAACAAAACCACAAACAAACCUACUGCUCUUUAUCAGCUGGGAAGCUUAUCUGUGGGACACAUGCCUUGAGUAUGAAGAUAGUCAUCAAGGUCAUGAGACAACCCAUCCUCACUGACCAUCUGGAGCACACGGCGAGAGGAAGCCCACCAAGGCUCAUCGUAACAGCACUCUUCACGGGUGGCUCGCUCAGCUCAUGAGAAAAUGGACACAGAAAGUAGUAGCAGGGAAGGUCUUGCUUUCCCAAUGCCACAAAGCCCCUCCAGCGCGCCCCAGAUCGAACUUUCGGAAGUAUCUCUCCAUGAUAACGCCUUACGGGAGGAGGCUGCCUCAGCCCCACCAAGCCGUACCUGGCUGAGGUUUUUGAGGAGGGAGCUGGAAUUCCUGGGGGUAACACAAAUUCUGAUUGCUUUGAUAUGUCUUUGUUUUGGAAUAAUCGUCUGCUUUGCGAUCAAUGUUUCCGAAUUUAAGGAAGAUUUUUUUUCAUCAUUUAAAGCAGGCUACCCAUUCUGGGGAGCAAUGUUUUUUGCUAUUUCCGGAUUUUUUCCAAUUCUGUCUGAAAAGAAAUAUGCCAUAUAUCUGGUGUGGGGAAGCCUGGGAGCAAACACCGUCAGCAGCAUUGUUGCAGGAAUAGGAAUCUUCAUCCUGACCAUCAACUUGAAGAGCUGCUGGCCUCAUAUCUACAACUGCCAGGAAACUCAUGGAGAUGACUUCUGCUUUGUGGCUUGGUUUUCCACCGAGACCGUGGCAAUGAUCCUGUUUCUCACCGUCCUGGGGUUUUGUAGUGCUGUGUCACUCAUGAUCUAUGGCCUUGGAGAAGUAUUCCAGAAAAAGAAGAUUCCAGAAGAUCGUCUUUAUGAAGAAUUAAACAUAUAUUCGCCAAUUUACAGUGAGUUGGAAGACAAAGGGGAGACAUCUUCUCCUGCUGAUUCAUAAGAAUUAUGUGUUCAGAACAUUCUGACUCACAGCAAAAGGUCUAGAAAAAACCAAGAUCUUUGUUUAAGGGGCUACCGACAAAAUUUCAAUUCUCUCUAUGGUCUGCCAGUUUUACAUUAAGAUUUAUUCUCCAGAUGGUAAUACUCUAUCUGUUGUUUCUGCUCACCUAGACUCCCCCUGCCUCACCCAUUUUUAGAUAUGAUUGACUCCUAUUUUUCUUGUUUUCUAUUGCUGUCUCGUACCUACUUUUGUGGGAAGUCAACAAAUAAUCAGUUAGCAUUUACUCUGUGCUUAUAAUGGUGCAAAUAGAGGAAACAAGAGGAAGUCUGGUUGAGAGAUGAGUUAAACUUUGACAGUUCGGUCAUGUUUGGUUCUUAGCCCUUUUCAGAGUUCGUAAGGGCUACAGAUGUGCGUGAUAUAUGUCCCCCUACUGGACUGUAAGCACCUAAAGGACAAAGCCCAUUCAGCAAAUGUAUACUGAGGACCAAAUAAGUGUUCUAAGUUUUCCACACUUGUCUCUUUCACUUCAUGUUUCCCAGUUUCCUAUAUCAUGGGAGCUCAAAGUGUAUUUAUGGAGUGGAUGGGGGAACAUUCUGAGAAGAUAUACCACUAGGUCAGGUGCCAGGUUGAGUUGCGAAGAAGAAAGAAAUUACUUUAAGGUGAAUUUGGAGGUGAGAAGGAGGCCAAUUGGCAGAUAAUUAGCAAUAGGAAUAUAGUCAGAUGGAAAUUUGAAAAGAAUUCUAUUCUAUUAAUCAUUUUGGUGGAUGUUUAUCACAUCAGCUUAGCAGUGGAUGCUUCCUGCUUAUGUUUGAUCUUAUGUGGAGAGUCCAACAUGGAAUGUUAGAAGGAUCACAGAUCUUAGAAAAUGCAUUGGAAUCCCAGGCCUAUUGCUUAUUAGUUGAGUGGGUUGUGGGAAGUUAUUUAAUUUUUUUUUUUACUUAAUCUGGUUUUUCUCAUAUGUAAAAUUAAGACAUUAGGAAUAAUUUACCUGCCAGGAUUAAAGGUCUAUUGUGGGAACACACACACACACACACACACACACACUUAAAACUAACUCAAAUGGCCCCACUCUCUAAUUCCACUUCAAUUUUCUCUCUUAAAUACACUGUGUUUGACCAUAUCACAUCAGCACCCCAACUUGAAACGUUCUGUCAUCUCUUCUGUGCUUGCUUGAAUUUCUUCUUUCUUCAAUCCCUACUUUAAGUCCCUCCUCAUUCUUUAAGGUUUUCCAGUCAAAAUUGUUCUUUUCUCUAAAUGAUAAUUUUUUUUCAAACCAAAUACCCACACACACACACCUUACACUAUAUACAACUUCCACAUGCAAAUAUUUUUAAUGGUUAUUUAUUUAUUUUGGGGAGAGAGGGAGUGAGAGAGAGAGAGAGUGGAAGGAGUAUAGAGAGAGGGAGAGAGAGAAUCCCAGGCAGGCUCUGCAUUGUCAGCACAGAGCCCAACAUGGGGCUCAAACUCAUGAAUCUGAGCAGAAAUCAAGAGUCAGAUGCUUAACCGACUGAGCCACCACCCAGGUGUCCCUCCAUAUGCAAACACUUUACAUCCCUUUAAUGAUCAUACAUUUUUUUCAAAGACACAAAGUCUCACAAAAAUCUGUAUAUUUUCUGAAUCAUUCAUAUUUCACAUUCACGGACACAAUUUUGUUCAAUAAUGUUUGCAGAAUGAUGAGUGAGCAGUGGGGAGUUUUACUAGGUUACUCAGUAUCUGGUGACAUGGAUGGGUAAAAAAACAGGAAAACCAUAAAUGGAAAGAUCAUUUAAUGAGGAAUUUGAAAUGAAAGAAGAAUAAAUGAAUGAGGACUUGAGAUUAAAUGGAGUCAGUGGGGAGGGAGAGAAAUGGUCAUACCUAAAACAUGGAGUGAAAGAGAAAUUGGUAGACGUUGUUAACAAGUUGAAUUAAAAGACAAGAUUUGAUAAGCGAUUGGUUGAUAAACACAUUCCGUCACUGGGUCUAAGGUCAAAGGAGAAUACCUGGUAAGUGUGUGUGAAACAUGGAUUGUCAGAAAUAUGAAUUGAUGAAUCUGAUGUAGGAAGUCAGAAAUAUGAAUUGCUGAGGGGUGCCUGGGUGGCUUAGUCAGUUAAGUGUUUGACUUUUGAUUUUGGCUCAAGUCAUGAUCUCAUGGUUGUGAGAUUGAGCCACGAGUUGGGCUCCUCACUGGUGGAGUCUGCUUAGAAUUCUCUCUCCCUUGCCCUCUGCCCCUCCCCCACUUAUGCUUUCUCUCUCUCUCUCCCUCUCACACAAAAAAAGUAUGCAUUGAUGAGGGAGGAGCACCUAUAGACCUAAAUUAGGCUCAGUCUUAGGCUUUUAUUUUUAGGAGACAAAAAAGAAAUGCAGUAGAGAGAGCCUGAUGGCAUCUAAUACAGAGUUUUGGUCAAAAUGAAAUUUGGUGUCAUUAUUGGAGAGAUCAUUAAUGAAGCAGACUAAUACUCUGGGGGAAUUAUUUUGAGAUAGAAGGGAAGCCAAGUUAACUUUCACAUGCCGAUAAUCACAGGGGUGAUGGGAAGGACAAAAUUCUAGGGUAGAAGAUACAAGAAUUAGUCAGAAAAGUGCAUUGUGGAACAGUAGACAGCAGGUAGUUCAAAGUAGAGAGAGGUCAGAUCAAGAGAGAAUAACUCACCAGCUCAGACAGCAUCUGCUGGCAGGGUGAGAGAGAAGUCUACAAGAGACGUCUUGUCCUGGGUGUGGUAGGCAAGAGAGAAGUCUGCCUCCAGGUGAGGCACAGAGAUGGGGAGAGAAAGUAGCAAUGGUGAAUGAAUGCCAGAGGUGCAGAGAAAUUUGAACCAGGGGCUGGUGGUGAGUAAGUGAACAGAACAUCUGCAGAAGCAUUUAGAAAGAGACAAUGCAGGUGUAUGUGAUACGAGAAGUAAGAGAAUAGACUGCGAAUCAAAAAUCACAAAGAAAAAUAAGCAAAAUGAUUACAUUGCUGUGGAUGUUUUUGUUAGUAAGAGGAGGAAAAAAUAAUUCACAUCUUUAGCCUAAGCAGAUGAGUCCUGUGGAGGGUCAGAAGAGUCAUCUUGGGGCAUUAUUCACAAGUCAUUAAUAAAAUAAUUAUGUUUUAUAUACUUUGCCAAAAUUAAAAAGUGACAGGGAGAGAUUAAUUUCCCCAGGCCAUAAAAGUGAUCACAUAACCACACACUUGGUAUGCUUAAUCUAGCCUUAGAACCUCGGGUUUUCUACUUUCAUUUUUCUGAAAUAAAAUUGUGUUUCUCAAAAUUUGAUAGCAACAUGAAAAUAUACCCUUUCACUGUGUUGCUUGUUACAUUGUAUCACCAUUCUUGAUCACAUCGCUUCCAUGGCAUAUAUAUUCCCAUCCAAACUCCAAAGCCUGGUCUACCAAGACCCCUAGAAAUGGAUUCAGUCCAGGGCGCCUGAGUGGCUCACUCGGUUAAGCAUCUGACUCUUGAUUUUGACUCAGGUCAUGAUCUCAUGGUUCAUGAGUUCAAGCUCUGUGUCAGGCUCUGUGCUGACAGUGUGGAGCCUGCUUGUGAUUUUCUCUCUCUCUCUCUCUCUCUCUCUCUCUCUGCCCUGCCCCUGUUUGCUCUCUACUUCUCAAAAUAAAUGAAAAUAAACUUAAAAAAUGCAAAAAAAUGCAAAAAAAGAGAAAUGGAUCCUUUACAAUUGUACAUUAUCAUUCUUUCUCUAACUCAAUUCAUAUUUUAACCAUGUUAUUGACUAUAUCUUUCCUGUGUAUAUGACACAAUUUUUGUCUCAAGACCAUUCUGAUAGUUGUCCUGCCCCCUGCCUGCCUUUUAUCAUAUGCCCACUUCAGGCAUACCCUGAGCACGCAACUGGCCUUCUUCACACAUUCAUUGCUUCAAAUUAUCUUUCUAAGAAUUUCAACUUGAAGGUCAUCUACUCCAUGAAGACUGCCUAAUGCACACCUAUUCAUCCAGCCUUCAUUUUUUGCUUCAUAACCACUUCACCCUGUGAUGUGGUAUGUGAUCAAUAAUUGUUAGUGUACUUGGGAUCUUCCUGAUGUAUCCUCAAUUACUAGUAUUUGUGCAAUAAAUUGAAAUAAUUUCAGUUGA